CGUGACCCAGGGGUUCCCCUCCUGAGGGAGACUGGGAUGACUGCACCUGAUCCCCGGAAAGGAGGCUAGGAGAAAAUAUAAAAGGAAAGCCAACUGUAUGACAAGAAACUACCAAUGACUUGUGCAGGUCAAGUAAAGGACUCAACACUGAAGCUAAAAUACUAAAUCCCAGCUGUUUGGAGCUAGCCAGCACUGAAAUGGAGUACCUAACUCCUAACAGCACUGUGAGAGGUGGGAGGAGAGGCUGGCUCUCAUACAGAGGGAGGGACUGACUGUUCAGAGAGCAUGGAGCUUCAUUCACUCUGCUAAACACACACAUGCACACACACAUACAUACACACACACACACACAUGCUCCGCAAGGCUGUUCUCAGGCUGAGAGAAAAGAGGGGAGCGGAGGAGACGACAGCACGUUUUCCGACCUUUUUUCUCUCUUUCCAUCUCGACCUGUCUCUCUUAUUCUGCUGAUCUCAUUGUUGUCCCAGGUGGUGACAGACAGGAAAAACAGAGACGCUGAGCGAGGCCAAAGAGGGACAGAGGGGUUCAUCAAACCCUCCGAAGGAAGAGAGAUUUCAGAUCCUGUAACCUAUUUCUGACAGAAGACACACACUGAUUUAAGGGGAGGUACUGGGCCUUAGCUCCCAGGACCAACCUCCAGGAUGUCCCGGAGGAGGUCCACAGGUGACCUGGUGCCCAGGGACAUCACUGAGAUCUUAGCCCGGGAAGCGAGGGCUCAGCGUGGGCAGAGGAAGCCGGGAAGCUCCUUGGGGCAGGCCUUCAACUGGUUAAAGGGGAGCCGGAAGAAGAAGAGCAUCGGCAAUGGAAUGAACCGAACUGGUACUGGUGUGACGGAUGCCAAACUGGGACUUCAGAACCAUGAUCCUGCUAAAGCUGGCCCAAAGGGUAAUGAAGACCAGAAGAGAUUGACGGUCCACUACACGACCUCGCAGCACCACCAGGAGAAUGUCUUCAUUGAGGGAAGCAGGCCUCAGUACCUGGAGGACCUGCACACUGAGGCUCAGGAGGGACUGAAGAUACUACAGCAGGAAGAACACAAAAAUGGAGUGAACUUCCCCGACGAUGAAAGCAUUGCUUCCUCAGACACCCUCUGUCCAGAGCAGGAUAUCAGCUCCAAGGACAGAGGUGACUAUCCGGAGUUGAUAUCCACCACCGGGAAUACUGAUACCACAGUAACCUCUUCUGCGUCAACAAGACCUGUGCUUACCCGCCAAGGUUCCACUUUCAAACCACUGAAUCCAGUGAAAAGGUUAGAUAAGAGCAAGAAGAGGACAAGGAGGACCACCAUCAUGGGUAUUCCCAACCAGGUCCAGAAAGAGCUUGCACUGCACAGAAGCUCCACCUUCCAGCCGCUUGUGUCUACACAGCUCCCUAAUCACAAUGGACAGGUCACUGACAGCCAAUCAGGGGUUGUUAUCAUUCCCACAGUUGAUGGAGGGACUCCGACAGCAAAUAAGGAGGGAGCAAGAGUGCACCUUUCAGAGCUAGAGCAGGCAUCAAGAGAUGAGCAGCUGCUUAGGAAGCACCUCCAGGCAAUGUACCAGGAUGAGCAGCCCCUCAACCACCAGGGCUUUGGCUCCCAUCUCUGCCCCACCCCCAGCCUGAGACCCAAGUCUGUUGCAGUACCUGGCAUGACCACCUCCUCCUCCUCCUUCUGUCCUUCAGCAAUGUUUAGCUUCCUCCAGGAACCCCAGGGCCCAGUGAUGUCCAUAUCUCCUCAGGCCACUUACUUGUCUACGAUCAUCCCUAAUGCGGUGUUGCCAGCCUCGAUUGAAGUAAUAGAGAUUGACCGCAGCAGCCGAACUCGAGGUAGCAGCGUCAACCAUGGCAGCGGUGUCCGCACUGUAAGCAAAAGCAGCCUGGCAUCUGGGGACUCAUCAGUCAGCCCUUUGUUGUCCAGAAGGUCCGAAGGUGACGGUUCCCAGACUGAACAUUCCUGCAAUGACUCCACACCGAUGCCCGCAUCGACUUCGGGGUCAAACUGGAGCGAGUCACAGUCUUCAAAGACCAUGAUUUCAAACUCCUCCCCUGUAUCCUCUAAGGGGAGCAGAGACAGGGGUAAUUCCCAGAGAGUGGGUCUCAAUGGACAGGAAAGCCAGCAAGAGCACUCUGGAGGAGAUCAAGACCUUGUCAGUCUACGUAUCUCAGUUUGCGGGAUUAGCAGCCCCAACAGUAAAAGUGAACAUCUUGUUACAGGUCAAGGAUCUGAGUCUGGUGAGUCAGGGUCAGUGACUGCUGGGGAGGAUGCAAAGAACAAGCGCAACUUCAUUCGAAGUCUCUCAAUCAUGAAGACCAAACAACCUCCAGCACCUCCACGGAGAACAAACUCUCUCCAUAGUAACAAGUUCAGGAGUAACGCCAGGGUUCUGGUGGAAAGCAAAGAUCUUAAUGACUCUGUGUCCGGAGAGGUGGAAACUGGUACAGAAAAUACUGCAGCUAAGGAUGAGAUUAAGUUGGUCACUGGAGAUACUAAUAAGGUCCCCACCCCUGUAUCAAGCUCUACUAGAUCCAGCUCUCCAGAUGUUUCCUCAGGUCCUCUGAGCCCCACAAAGACUUCUUCCAAAGAGGCUGGAGGGCCACCAGAGGCCCAGUCAGAAUCCAGCAGCUCCUCCCCACAGAAAACUCCCUCAGAAGGGGGGAAAUUUGAACGGACCAUGUCCCCCUCCAGUGGCUACUCCAGCCAGAGUGGAACUCCAACACUUUCCCCUAAAGGUAUCUCCCCAACCUCCCCAGAAAAACAGAAGAAGAAACCGGUCAAACCAGAGAGAUCAGUGUCUCGGGCCUCAUCCUCAGCAGCUUCUCCUUCCUCCUCUCUUACCUCUCUAUCAUCAGGUACAUCUGAGCCUGUCAAUCCAGAUGUUCCCACAUGUAGCCCCAGCCUGCCUCCACAGGAAACUCCAGCCACUGUUACUCCAACUGAAUUCACACCAAAUAACAAUUCGUCAACUUUGAGAGUAGAAAUCCAAGAGCUGUUGAACAUCCCACCCCCUCCCAAGGUCAAAGCACCAUGUCCUCCUCCUCCAGAGACAUGGGUCCACAACAGACGCACCUUUGAGCUCCUGUGUGGGCCCUGCCCCAAUGUCAGCAAAGAAACUCACAAACCCACACAGAUACAGGACGGCACAGUUAAACAGGCAGGAACCCAGACUAAAGCCAGAAAGGAAGUGCAAGUUUUAGAUGAAAAACAGACAACUAUCGACGUCAAACCCGUCUUAGAAUUGUCAGAAAGCAAAGCAAAGCUUGAGACAUUGUUAGCAACUGAUCCUGAAGAUGUCCACAAGGAACUAGAGAACAAGGAACAUGCAGGUACCGAAACAAAGGGAGUGGAAGCAAGUGUAGAUGUUCAGAGACAAGAGCAGAGUAGUAGCCCUGUACUGAAGGACCCCAAGAAUCAAGAGACAACUCCAAAGAAAGAACCCCCUCCUGUGAUGAAGAAACCCACGAACAUACUGCACAGAGAGGAACUGAAAUUAACAGAGCAGUCAGUAGAGAUUCAGCAAAAGGACAUGAGUGGCAGUGCUACGCCAGAAGUUCGUAUAGUUGUUGAGAACCAUACGACCUCUUCACAGGAUGGGGUUACGACUUUAGUUGAAGUUAAGAGCGAGAAUGAGACGGACAGAGGUGAGGUCCCAUCCAUGCAAACACUUUCUGUAGAAGUCCCCAAAAUUAAUAAGAUCUCACCACCUCCUACCCCACCCCCGCCAUACCACCCUACACCUCCUCCCUCAAGAAAGACACCUCCCUCUUCAGUAUCUAUGCCACCGGAUGAAUUACAGAGGGUACAGGAGGAGACUCACUUUGUCGAGUCUUGCUGGCCACCUCCUCCACCUCCUUUGGAAGGGGACUCAGUCUUUGAUGGAGGGGAUGAGGUCGACUUUCCUCCUCCUCCGCCACCAUUUGUAACAGAUGCGGUGCCAGAUGUGAUGGACAGUUGUGUCAAACAGCUGGAUGACCUUAACAAGCAUACUGUGGCUGCACAGGAAGUUGGAGAGACAAUUAAGGACCCAAGUGAAACUGUGACAUCUAUACAGGAACAAAAUCCAGAUUUGCCCAGUGCUGUUCCACAAUUGGUAGUAAAUGACAACAAACCAGAGGUUGCUGUGCAAGUUUCCAAAGCUAACACUGCUGAUGAGAUUUCUUGCAGACCAGUGGAGAAUGUUUCGUCUCUUAUAGAUGGUGUCCCACUUCCACCAGUUGAGGCACCGCCUUUACCCCCUAUAACAAGAGCAGAGAACCCAGUAUUAGUAUCUGCUUUAGUUCCUUCAAGCAGUUUCCUAAAGCGAGACUCUGUGAAAAUUGAAGAUCAGUCUGGGCCUCCCGUUAGUCCCCAAACUCCAAUUAAAGUCCCAGCAGCGCCCCCUCUACCGGCAGAUAAUUUAAGCCAUGGGGUUAAUUUCAGAAGGCAGCCCAGUGUAUCAAACCGGGACACCAGGAGCAAGGAACUCCUUUCCCGUCACAAAAGUGCACCCAUUCCUAAAGAGGAUGCGAACAUACCUCUUGUCACCCCGUCCCUGCUUCAGAUGGUUCGCCUCAGAUCAGUCAACAUGACUGAAGAUCAGGUGAAAUCUUCCUCCGAAGACAGGCCAACAAACGAGGGAGCUCCACUUCAGGAGAAUUGCUCAGUUUCAAUCCCAGGACCUCAAAACAUCCCACAAAAGCCCAUCCGCAAGUCUCUGUCUCUAAAAUCUCCACCUCAGACAGUAAAAGCAUCCUCUGUGACACUGAACACCCCUUCACUGCGCUUACAGGAAGCCAUACGUAUGAAAACUGCAGCCAUGUCUUCAAGAGAUGGUCUUCCCUCCAGACUGGGUGUGAGAUCAUCCACUUACAGCUGUGUCAGUGAACCUGGAGCUCUGUCUCUGAAAUCACCUGAAGGAUGCGAUGUGCACAAGUCCCCAGCCUCUACCGCUAGCUUUAUCUUCUCCAGGAGCACAAAGAAGGUCGUCAUAGAGACUGCAGCUGCCUCCUCGCCCGAAGCUCAGGCAAGUUUGAAGCAAAGUUUAGCAGCCGAGCUCAUGCACGUGUCUGACCAAUCAAGGGCUGUCACUUUCUCCAAUGGUGGAGUGAAGUGUGACAAAGUUCCUCCGCCGGUGGCUAAGAAGCCAGCGCAUGGCAGCAUCAGUCCUUCACAGCAUUACGCUGCUUGUUCAGGAAAGAUGGAGUACUGUGUUGAGGGAAAUGGAGCAAUAGGAGGAGUACAACAUGCAAGUGGAAUAACACCUCCUGAGACAACAACUACGAGAGUGACAGCAGACACAAUUGAAACGCUGUUUUGAAAGAGUUUUGCAGUGAUGAUGAAAUGAGGACCAUACUCAUGCCAGAAGCAAAGUAAAAGGACAACUCACAGCAGAUACUGACAUUACUGAGAGACAAUAAGCUCAACUAUCUGAGUGUUGUUGUGUAUUAAGUCUUCUCCAAAAGCCUUAGCCUGUUAAUGGCCUUCCUACAUAUUUAUGCAAAAAAUGUGUCGCUCCCAAUUUCUUAUGAUAGCUUUAUUCUGGAGUAUUUUUCUAAGCGAUAGUUUAUCUCUUAUUAAGGCCCCUCAGGAUGAAAUGGUGUACAUUGGCUCAAGUGUAAAUAUUUGGCUUGCGUGAGAUCGCCUCCUAGAGGUUGAAUUAGGUAGUGGUCACUGCAGCUCAGAGUGUGAAACAAAGCAUUUCUGUACAGAAGUUUGUGUGUUUUUUUUCCCUGUUGUAAUAUAAUACAUAAUUUUGAUGGGGAUUUAAGCAGUUGUCGGAAAAGGCUGACAAUGGCAUCCACUACAGGACAAAUCUGCAUUUUUAUCACCGUCUUUGCUUAAAGAUCUGAGUAAAAGCACGACACUCAUUUUUACUCCUGGCUCAUCACUGUGUGGAUAGACAGAUCUGAAAUAGUAUUUGAAAAAAAAAAGGGAUGCUGCAUACUUACAAGAAUGAGAGAGAUUUUUUUUUUUGUCAGUUAAGACAGAAGCAUGUUUGUAAAGUUACAGAUGAUAAACCAUGAAGACUUAACACAAAAGCAUCUGAUUACAGCAACAGCUAAAAUGUCAAUUAGAUGCCUAUACAUAAUCCAUUUCUUGGAUAUAGUAAGGGUCAAUCCAACACAUUGUAUGAAACCUUUUUAGGAAACAGUAACAAAAGUAUCCUAUUUAUUUAUGUGUGAUUGUUUCCACUAGUAGCACUGUCAGUCACCUUUUCCUACCAAAUAUGAAAUAUUUAAGAAUCUAUUUCAUCUGAAAACCACUUUUAGGGCUAUGGAUGUGAAGAUUGGCCCUGGAUGAUUGAUACACUGGAGUAGACUUAGUGUGAGGUCAGUGUUUUUAUUAAAUGUUCUCUAUCUAAAUCUUUAAUGGAAAAAAAUCAAGCUCAUCUCUAUUUGCACAAAAUGCUUUCCCCCAGCAAAAUCAUCAGGAGUGAAUUAUACCGACUCUUCCUAAUGGGUCGAAAAUCUACGUUUUGAUGAUUAUAAAGAAUUAUG